CCCACUCCUAGGACCCCAGCGCCGGCUCUGGCCUAUGCCGGUUCCGCCGUUUGCAGGCGGCUUCCGUGGACGCCAAGGCCCCCUGCGGGCCCCUUUGGCCCGGGACCGGCCCCGCCCCGUCUCCGCUACAGCGGGAGGAGCCCCGCGAACGCGCUCCGCCGAGCGCGCCGCCCGGUGUCUCGGUGGCUGCCAUGGCGGCUGCCUCGCAGCGGGACCCCGGGGACUGGCAGGAUUUCUCCGGCUUCCAGCCCCCCGCAGGGAGCAGCCCCGAGCCGGCCCGGGACGGGGGCACCUGGGGGCCCGGAGACCUGGGGGACAAGCUGCUCCUCUGCUUCAAGCCCCCCCCACCUCGGGACGGCGGCAGCGAGAGCCGCGUCCCGCUGCAGCCCCUCAGCGAGCAGAGCGCCCUACGGGAAGACGAGAUUUGGAAUGCUUUGACUGAUAAUUAUGGUAAUGUAAUGCCAGUUGAUUGGAAGUCCUCCCACACCAGAGCUUUGCAUAUGCCAACACUGAAUCUCUCAGAAAGAGGGUUAAAUGAAAAUUUGAACCUUGACCUGUCAGAUGAUGAAGAGCUUAGAGAACAGCUGGAUAUGCACUCUAUCAUAGUUUCCUGCAUCAGUGAUGAACCACUGUUCACAGCAGAGCAGGUGAUUGAAGAAAUAGAGGAAAUGAUGCAGGAAUCACCUGACCCAGAAGACGAAGAAACACCCACUCAGUCAGACCGGCUCUCCAUACUUUCCCAGGAAAUUCAAACACUCAAGAGGUCAAGUACAAACAACAGUUAUGAAGAGAGAGUACAAAAACUGUCUGUUGCUGAACUAAAUGAACUACUAGAAGAAAUUGAGGCUGCCAUUAAGGAUUAUUCUGAGGAGCUGGUGCAGCAGUUGGCUCUAAGGGAUGAGCUGGAGUUUGAAAAGGAAGUGAAAAAUAGCUUCAUAUCUGUCCUCAUCGAAGUACAAAACAAACAGAGAGAACACAAAGAAACAGUGAAGAAGAAGAAAAAGCUGAAAAAUGGUAGUCCUCAGAAUGGCAAACAAGAAAGAGGUCAUAUGCCUGGAACACGCUUCAGCAUGGAAGGGAUCUCAAAUGUCAUUCAGAAUGGCUUCCGCCACACGUUUGGAAACUCGGGUGGAGAGAAACAGUACUUAACAACAGUCAUUCCUUAUGAGAAGAAAAGUGGACCACCCGGCGUUGAAGAUCUACAAACAUUAACCAAAAUCCUUUAUGCUAUGAAAGAGGACAGCGAGAAAGUGCCAAGCUUAUUAACAGACUACAUUUUAAAGGUUCUGUGUCCGACAUGAAAAGUGCUGCUUUACUUCAGAAGAAACCAUGCUCCUUCCUGUGACAAGAAGCUUUCAAGAGAUAGUUCAUAGUAUUUUCUUUUCAUUUGGCACUGUAUCUAAACCUGUAUGUAUUUACUUUCCAUGUCUGUUUGGAUUUUUGGAUCAUACAGUAGGCCUUUUAGGCAUGAUAGAACGUAUGCACUUUUCAUUUGAUGGUGCAAUGUGCUUGAGCGUAGAACAAACAUUAUACAGUUUUACUCACAAGCUUUGGUUUGGCUUUUUAAAAUCUAUUUUACAUUGUGUAACAUGUAGUAAUCCCUCCCACAUAUUUCACUGUUGGGGAAAGAAAACUAAACUUUAAAUACUGUAAAUAAAAUAAGCCUAUAAUUUUAACUAAUCUGCAGUUAAAAAAAAAAAAAAACCCUCUGUUCUUAUCUCAAACAUGCAAAAGGGAUCAUAGCCAAGCCUGCCCUGAAGAAUUCCAUUGAAGUUCUUCAGUGGACGCUCCAAAACAGUGAUAGUGGAAACUGGCACUGAACACUUUUUUUUUUUAAAAGCAGUAACUUAGAUUAAAACUAUAAUACUGUAUUGUUCAGACAUUGAACAAAUGUUCUGAUGCUCUUCAGGAAGAAGAAUCCGUGUGUCUGCUCCCUUUACUUGCUACCUGAUUUACAUAAACAUGAAAAUAUUAGAAAAUUCUUCAGUUCAUCACUCUGAUUUUUUCUGUUGGUUCAGUUUUUAAUAAUUAAUGUCUAUUGAGACCUGAUAUGUUCCCUCAUUACUUCUAUCAUUUUAAUACUCAUGUUAAAUAUUUGGUCUUAGGAUAAUAUUUUAUAGGCUGCAGUAUGUAAACAAAUAUUUUAAGAUGCUGAGUAUCCUUUAAAUUAUGUGUUGUGUUUGAGAAAUGGUCAUUCUUGUUUCCAAGAAUGUUAUAUUGAAACUUUCAUUGUCAUGUACUUAUAAAAGGCAUCCUACAGAUCUGGCUCUUGUAACUCCCUGUCUGUCAUGAUAUUAUACCUGUACCUAGAUGUCGUUGAUGGGAACAUAUUUUAUAAAUCACAUUAAAUAUCUUUGCUAGUCUUAGAGUAAGUCCAGUGGUGUGAAAAGAGAAGUAAAUGCCAAUAGAAAGAAAGAAAGAGACUGUUUUUAGGUUUGAUUCCUUAUUUAUUAUAUAUUUAUUCUUACAGAAGCCCCCAGAGCCAGCCACUAUACCAAUACAUAGGAAGAUACAAUCCUGAAGAGCUUAUAAUCAAACACUUUUCUCAAGAAUUUUUCUGUUCCUUUAUCUUAAAAUCUUAGUGAUGAAGAAUCUGUUCGAGAAUAAUUUCUACAAUGUAAUAAUUUUAAGAAUCUGCUUAUUAGCAGAUACUAUGAGUUCUUCCACUUGAUUAGCAGAGCACAUUAAUUAUGAACAUGGCACUCUGUCACUCAGUAAUGCACUUUUCCUCUAGAUUCAGUUACAGUAUUAUAAUUGAACUUCAGUAUUAUGUGUCCAUUGUGCCUGUCUUUUUUUUUUUUUCCAGAAUAUUCAGAACUCAGAAUUUAUAGCCAUUACACCACUUGGUCAGCAGUGAACAACCUGCUUGUGCAGGAUAAUGGCUAAGUAUUAUUAUUAGUUCCUCUAUAAAGAAAAACAUUGUUUCCUCUGCUGAUAUGUUGUGAAUUCAACAUGGCAUUCCUUGUGUUUUUUUGCUGAAUGUGUUAUUUUUCUGUAGAAUUUUUUUAACCUAUUGUCUUCUAGUUUUCAACUAAGAAAUAAUCCUAUUCCAUUAUUUCAGUUUAGAAACUGAGAAACAACAGAUCAGUGGCUUCAAACCUGGUGAGAACCAUUAUUUAUCUUCAAGCCAGCUCUAUUCAAAGGUGCUUCCUGGUGCUAUCUAGUCCUAAAAUGAAUGCCUGACAAUAAGGUUCAGUCUUGCAGGGUAUUGAGCAUUCUGGCCUUGAUCUCGCAAAGAACUUAAGACAGUGAUUUCUGUGGGACUACUUAAGUCCUUAAAGUUACACAGGCUUAAGUGGAUCAGGGCCAGAGUGCUCAGCAUCUUGCAGUAAUAGAACCCAUUAGUGCUUGGCAUUCCUCUGUGCAUUCAGUGAGACCAACUCCAGAACAGUGCUGCUUUUUCAAGGAAGAAGUUGUCAAAAACAGUAGAAUUGAAUGGUGGCCGUACUGGGAGCUAUAAUUUUUGGUAGAGCUGAAUUAUCACAUACAGUUCAGACUUGAGUUCCACAUUGCCUCAUCAGUCUCAAAGGCAUGAAGUCCAAUGCAUUGGAGUCAAGGUGCCAGGUAGAUCUUUCAGUAUGCUCCCUGCAUGUCAUUCGUCAACAUUCAGAUGCAGGCAAAAUUUCCCUCAAAGCAAAUGUGUAGAUUUGUAUGUAAUGUAGGGAUGUUCAAAUCUAUGUACAAUUAUUAUUAUUUCCAUACUUUUUAAAAUAGUUUGUUUUGGGGGAGGCUUAUGGAAUUUUCCACUGUAGCCAUCACUUUGCCAUUUGUGAUGCCAAGUGAUUGCAGAGUAUCCUAUUUCUAACAUUUCUUUGGGACAGUUAAGCUAAAUUACAUUGUAGGCUUUUUUAACUAAUAUUUUGGUAGGCUUUUUUAACUAAUAUUUUGGUAUUUUUGUAUUGUUUUCUUUAUUUAUUGAGCAACUGAAAGUUUAGUGAAGUUAUUUGUCUGAGAAUUGAGGUGAUUGUUUAAUAUAGUAAUGAUUCUGGGGAUUGCAACUACUGGGCUUGUUUUCCUGAAUACAAUAUUGGGAGCCACUACAGAGAUCUGUGUGUCUGAUCCUGAACCACUGAAGUCAGUGGUUGCAGGAUCAAGCCCUAUAAAGGGGAGAAGCGAAGAGGACUUUUAGCUGGAAAGGCAGGGACAGAGGUGUCUCCUGAUUUACUGCCUUUCUCCUUGAAUGAGAAAGGGAGAUGCAGAGAACCACAAUACUCUACCCAUCUCCUUUACCAGAAACGGGGAAAGGUUUCCCCAUGACUUGACCAUUCCCUGGCCCUCUGCUGAGUUAGGAAUGGGGGGAGAAAUGUCCCCAUGAGCUUUUUUCCCUCUUUAAAUAGGUAGAAGAAACAAAUGCUCUCAAGUUACCGUGUGUACCCCUACUCCUGGGCUAGGAAAGGGAGGUAAGAGAUGAUAGAUGGAGAGGAUUAGCUAAGAAGAAUGUGUUAGGGAGAGUGGAGGCAGAACAGGAAAUGCAGGGUGCUAGGAAACAUGGGAGAAGAGGAGAAAAGAAAUGAAACAUGGGUAGUGGAAAAAUCAAAAAAGCAUUGGGGGAAAAAAAUAGAAUUGAAAUAAGUCUUAGCAUUUAACACUGUAGGAAAACAGACAUUGCCAAAAAAGUGCAAAGGAUAUACCAAAAUAUACUAUGUAGUCUGAACUUCCUAAAAAUUUCCUUAGCUGUGGAUAAGUUCCUGACAAAAAUUGUCUGCCCUACCGGACUGAAUUGAAUUUUUUUAAGUAUUCUGUAUGCAGUGUUGUUGUAGCCAUGUUUGUCCCUGUGUAAGUAUUCUCUGUAAACCUCGCCUAUAAAAGCCUGGCACUGAGCAACAAAAGCUGAAAAUAGUUAAUGUGCACCCAAACCAGCAAAUAAAUUUGCAGUCUGCAAGUAACUUUUUUCUGCAACUUUUACGCACUUAAGGUUCUCUGUGCGGUUGGGCCUUGAAGCAAUAUUAUGUCUUGUGCUUUUUCAAAGAGCCAGAAUUCCCUAGCUCCUGGAUAUUUUGAGAGCACUGAGAGAGUGACGUCGGAGAGCAGUUGCUGACAAUUUCAGUGUACUAGCAAGGAUUCCCUGAACUCAUAAGGAUAGGCCCCUACUAAGCAUGUUUAAUUUGGGGCAAGUCUGGGAGCAAGACAUCUUUAAAAACUAAAUGGUAUUAAAUCACCAAAAAUCAGUGUUCACCAAAGAAAGCUGAUAUACAGUUGUCCUCUCCCCAUUUCAUGGAAUUAGAUGGUUCAUUUUAUAGAUUUACCCAUUGACUGGCUGGAAUAAGAGGGCAAACUAGUUGAGAUUCAGGCCACGUAGGAAGCAUGCUCAUUGACUGGGGCAAACGACCAGAAAAACAUCAACAAUAAUAUCAGCUCUCUUCUACUGGAGAGAGUCUUGGUCUCAUUGGAUCCUCAGCUGUUUCUAGUAGUGUUUCAAGAAUGUUUUGUAUCAUCAAUGCUAGGUCAGGAAGUUGUGACCUUUUCUUUGGGAUGUCACCACCGUAAUUCAUGCCUUUGUCACCUCCAGAUCAUAUUACCUCAACAUCCUAUAUGCCUUAAUGCCACCCGGAAAUUACAGCUAGUGCAGAAUGUGGCAGCUUGUGUGCUUGGCAACAGUGCAGAGCACUUCACACCUGUGUUGAUCAUCAAUCUACACUAGCUUCCUAUUAAUUUCCAGAUUAAUUUAAGAUGUUAUUUUUAAUUUAUAAAGCCCUAAAAUGGUGUAGGUCAUAGGUAGCUCUGGGACUGCCUCUCCAACUAUGACUCCAACUAUGACAGCUACAAUCCACUGAAGCACUUUAACCUAACAUCCCUCUAAGUCUGUCAGGAAGGGACUGAAAGCUUCCUUGGUUUGUUUGGGUUGGUUUGUUAAAACAUAAAGCACCAGUUUCUGAUCUCUCCAGUUUUACUGCAGUGAAAUUAGUCCCUUUUUAAUUGUUGUGAGAUUAUAAUCAAGCUCAUGGUUUGAUAAUACACAGACGUCUGUAAUCUAGUGAUACAACCAGUUUUCCCAGAUGCUGCAAUAUCCCUAGAUGUCUAAAGGCAAUUGCCCAGCUCACUUGGAACUGCAGAAUAUAUGUGUAGCAAUUGCAUGGUUUCAAUUAAGACAGAAAAUGUCCUGUCAUCUAAUGUGCUGCUAAAAUUUCAGUUAAUUUUGUAUCUUCAGACAAAUUCCUUCUAUCUAGGGGUACCCUGAGGAAUGUCCUCUCAUUCUUUUUAUUACUGCUAUUAUCCAACAUAUAGAACUUUGUACUAAAUGUUUUACGUGCAAACAAUGCUGUGCUUGACUUAGAGUACCACUAUUCAGUGGAAAAACAGUUUUUAGGGACACUCUAAAAUACCUGAAUAAAUAACAGACAGCGAAA